AAUGCAACCAAAUUCUGUUUCAGUCUAACCCAUCUCUUUUCAAUUUCCACUAAUAUCGUUCUUAUCAGUUUCAUGCUCUAAAGCCCUAAUAUAUCUCCUUCCAGUUUCAUUCUCUGAAGCCCUAAGCGCCAUGAAUAACCAAGAAGACAUGAAGCCAAUGGACCAAGAAAUCUCUCUGAAAAGAAAUAACACCAAAAUGUCCACCAGCAGCCCGCCUGAUUUUGAAGAGCUUCAUGGUUUUAUUUCUAAAAGGAGACGUGAAAUUGAUCUUGAUCUUUCUUUAAGACCCAGAAGAAGCUCUCCUAGUCCGCCAUUGUCUUCUUCUCCAUCACCUCAACUGAUACCUCCACAUCAAGAAAUCCCACAACUGAUGCUUCAAAUCCCAACCCCUGCAGAAACCCAGUCCCCUAAUCCAACCCUUCUUCGCUCACAUGCCCUUUUUGCAGGAGCAACUACUCCUCACAUGGCGCCUCCUUGUGAGCCUUCAUCUCACGCUGCUGCUGAUGCUGCUGCUAUUUCCCCUUCUUUGCAGCGGCAAGAGGCUUCCACUGUAGGCCCCUCUCGCAUUCCUCGUGCUCGACGUAAUCCUUCUCAGGCUCCACGCGAUGGCAAGAGCGAAAAUAUCCCUCCACCUUUCCCUUGGGCUACGAAUCAUCGGGCUACCGUGCAUACCCUGGAUUCCUUGCAGGCAAGAAAGAUUGAAACCAUUACUGGUGCAGUCCAAUGCAAGAGAUGUGAGAAGCAGUACGAGGAAAGUUAUGAUCUGAAAGAGAAGUUUGAUCAAGUGGGGAAAUAUAUUCUUGAAAACAAGAACUCUAUGCAUGAUAGGGCUCCGAAUCAUUGGAUGAGUUCGAUCUUGCCUGCUUGCAAAUAUUGCGGGCAAAAAGAGAGCGUAAAGCCACUCAUUUCUGAGAAGAAGAAAUCGAUUAAUUGGCUGUUUUUGUUUCUGGGUGAGAUGCUGGGUUGUUGUACUCUUGAGCAGUUGAAGUAUUUCUGCAAGCACACAAAGAAUCAUCGAACUGGGGCUAAGGAUCGCGUACUUUAUCUUACUUAUCUUGAAUUGUGCAAACAGCUUGUUCCUAAUGGCCCUUUUGGUCGCUGAAACAAGAGAGGAUCGCAGAAGUGAAGAGUAGUAUUCAAGGGGAGUUCAGUGGAUUCAUUAGAAUUUCUUUUGAUCUCAGUCGUAGAAAAUGGAGAGGUCUUGGGUUUAUUCUUUUCAGUUAAUCUUUUCACUUGACAACAUGAAAAUGGGGUUUCCAAGUGAAUCUUGUCUUUUAUUUUCUCUUUUAACUGGAAAGAUUUUUCAUCCUUAUAAAGAAAUGUAAUGGGUAGCCUUUAUACCAUUUUUAGUAGAGAGUCUUACAAGAACUCCAGGUGUUUGAUGUUUUUCCAAAGAUAUAAUGAUUCUCAGCUUUUUACUAUACAUGGAAU